CCGUGCAGCUUCGCACGCGCCGCCGCCGCCCGCCGCUGGCGCCCCGCACGUAGGCGCCCCGCACGUAGGCGCCGCUUAAAGCGGCCACGCGGCGGAGUCGUGUCCUGUGCCAGGCGAGCCGCCCUGUGGGCCCCGCCGGCCGCGGCCGGGGCCGUUUUAAGAGGCGGGCUGCCGGUGCCGGUGGCUUUAUUUACAUGGGGCUGGCGGGGGCUGAGCGCGGCUGCACCGCGGGGCCAUGGCAUGCGCCGGCGACGACGGCUCCUGGGUGGAGCUGCGAUGUGGCCCUGCGUGCCUGGAGCCCUCGCGGUUCUCCUCCUGUCACUCCGACGUGGAGCGGAUGCUGCUGGAGGCCCAGCUGGAGACAGAGAACGGCGAUGGUGCCUUGCUGACGCUGGGCUCCCCAGCCUGGGACGACACUGGAGUCAGUCAGGCGAGUGAGCGGCCUGGGCAGAAUGAGCUGCUUCCUUCCUGCAGCCAGGCCCAGUCAUGCUGCCCUCCCACCCACCAGCAGGAUGUGCCAGAGGAAGCCAAGUGGAGGGAGCGACGCCUGCUAGCGUCCCUCGGCUGGGCCCGUGCCCACCACUCUCAACGCCUGUCUCCAAACCAGUGCUGUGGAACCUGCAGGGAGGUGAGGUGGGGAGGAAGAAGAGGCUGUUCAGUUCAGAGCUGCUGCUGCUCUUCAUCCCCUCGCUGCUGCUCAGCCACCUGCUGACCCUAGGGCUGGGGAUCUACAUUGGGAAGCGUCUGGCAGCCUCCUCAGCAAACCCGCUGUGAAGAGCUGGGCUCGGUGAGAGAUGGGGGCUGCACCGUCCUGCUCCUCAGUGCAGUGUCUGGAGAGGGCCCAGUGCCAGCACAGCAGCCCUGCUGAUCCCACACCUCCUUUUUGUGGUACAGGGAGCCCUUUUCCCCUCAUUCCUUCUUUAGACCUGACCUGGGGAGCUGAACCUGCUCUCCUAUGUAGACAGGAACCUACCGAUGGCAGCUCCUUACUGCAGGCAGCCCCUGCCCUCCCCCGACCUGGGUGCAGUUGCAGGCUCCUCCUGAUGAAGACAGGACUGUAAAUAUGCCUCCUGAGCCUGCAGCACACAAAUAAAGAGCCCUGUGCCCAUCUGGCCGGGCAGAGUCAGCA